UGUUUCGUUCUCUCUCUCUCUUUUUCAUAAAAAAUCGUUAAUUAAGCACGAGUAAAGGACCUCUCUCUUUCUCUCGAGCCACCGCCUCCUUCAUCAAGCCUCUCUCUGGAUCUUGGGACUUGGAUCCCUAGGGUUUUCGCUUCCAAUGGCGUACGUGGAUCACGCGUUCUCGAUCACCGACGAGGACGUGAUGAUGAUAGACCCCCCUCACGUGCUCCAGAGCAAGCCUCCGAUCAAAGAGAUCGCCCUCGCUGUCGCCCUUCUUGUAUUCGGAUCCCUUGCGAUCGUCGUUGGCAGCAUCAUGGCCGUUAAUCAAAUCGGCGGAGAUAGCGCUCACGGUAUUUUCUUUGCGGUGUUGGGAUCACUACUGUUUUUGCCAGGAUUCUACUACACGAGGAUUGCAUACUAUGCAUACAAAGGCUACAAGGGUUUCUCUUUCGCCAACAUUCCGCCGGUCUGAAGCAGCAACAUCUCUUCUAGAUCUACAGACGGACAAGACUGUUGGGGCGGACCGAAGGAAACACAAACAGUUUUUUCUGGAAUAUCUUCACCUUCCGGAGUCCAUACAUUCACGUUGUCUUGUUGCUUCUGUAAGUCCAAAAUCCUCUACAUUAAUUUUCGCAGAUUUGUACAUAGACGACUUAGUUAUGUGUCUCAUAAAAGGCUAGAAAGUCUUAUCUAAUACGGAGUACUUGGUCAUGUAUCUUUUCGUUCCCAUAUUGAGUCAUGUACUGGUUGUAAAUUGGCUAAAUUCACUAUUCUAUCAUUUUUAACUAGUACAUCUGUUUCCACCUUA